ACUCACUACACAUAAUGGUCCGAGAUCCAAUUGCAAAGAUGGAACUAUCUCGUCCGUACAAAUCAGUCCGCCGCUCCUCCUCGGCCGUCGCCCCAGUCCGCCGCUUCAGCUCCGGCGGUUAUCCUUGGAACAGGUGGUUGGUAAAAUGUUAUGUACUUACCAGAUAACUCCACCGAUGAAAUCCGCGUAUUGCCGGAAAGGAACCUUCGCGUACGUGAUCGAAAGGUUCGGGGAGGGAUUCACUUCCUCGUUCCACCUGUGGAUCGCGUCGCUUACGUUCAUUCUCUCGAGGAAGAAACCAUUCCCGUUUCGAACCAAUCUGCAAUUCCAAAAGAUAAUGUUAGCAUCCCACAGUGCAUAGUGAGCUCGGGAAGAUCACGCUUGGCAAGACUUUUGAAGAAAGGGACAUUCUCAAAGAGAAGAUAAUGGCCCGUUCUUCACACUCCUUUCUUUCUAUUAUAAGGAACAACCACCUCAAAUCUCUGGACAAUGGAAGAAUGCUGGAGAAGAAUAUGAGAGGUGGAGCUAUGUAAAGAAAAAGGAAAGGCCUACGCUCCACAGCUCAUCCCAUUUUUUUUGCCCCUUUUUCUAAAUCCUUUCCAACAAAAACCAUGGGAGGCUGUGCGAGCAAACCUAAGGAAUCUGACAUCCUCGUGGAGCCUGCCCAGGUUAACCCUCCUGCUGAAGCUGGCGUCGAGGCCAAGAAUGUCGAGACCGAGACUGAGACCGAGACUGCGGUUGAGGAGAAAGCAGACGAAGGUGCGGUAGAGAAGAAGGAAGAAUCUGGUGAAGAAGGGGCGGAGAAAGAGAAGGAAGCCGAGGAGGCCAAGGAGGAAGGGGCUGCAGCCGAAUUAGGUGAGGCAGUUCCCGAGGAAGUGAAGGCUAUAGAAGCAGCAGACCCUGCGGCUGAUACCGAGCCACCGAAAGAAGAGGCGGUUGCAGCCGAAGAUGCCAAAGCCGAGGCGCCUCUCGUCACCCUGUGAUCGUCGUUGUUUGAUUUCAACAUUGGUCCCCACUUGUAUGUUCAUCAUGUUGUUGUAUUCACCAUAUAGAUACACAUUGUGUUGGGAACUUCGACGAUCUGAAAUAUCCAUUACGAUU